GGAAGACCUACACCGUCGACGUGUGAUGCUAGUGGUGGUAGCGCGAUUUUUGCGACAGUUGAGGCAGGACGCACUGCCGGCUGUGCAGGCCGCACGAACACACAUGCUGAACUUGCUGCGCUCGUUUCUGCAUGAGUUUGGUCGUGCUUUCGUUCCGGAUCGAGAUGGCGUUCCAGCCGCACUCCAGCUGCCAACGCAAGUGGACCUGACGUACGGCGAUGCGCUCGAAGAAUCCUUUUUGGGCCCGGACGAUCGUGCUGACCUGAAGAAAGUAGCCCAGACGCAGAGGCCGGUAUUGCUGGAGCAGGGCAUGGGUGGAGCAGAGUUCCCUUCAGUCACCGUUCACAGCAACCAAUUCGCCAACACUAUGGCACACACCGAGCUGGCGGCAAGGUUUAUGAAGACCGACUUUCGUCUGAUGAAGACUGCCUAUCGCGCCCCCGCUUGCCUCCAGCUUGAAUUUACUCCGGAAAAGUUGGACGUUGUGCAACCGGAACGCGAGCUCUCCGCCGAAGGGCUAGCGGAGAAGGUUGAGGAAAGCCUCACGUGUUUGGAGUCGCUGCGUAUCUUGCGAAGCCCGCCCACGCCGCAACAACUAGGGCUCAAAGAAAAACUCACUGUGUGGCCAUCUGUGUAUGACAAGGUGCUUGGCAAAUCCAAGUCGGCGGACGAGUUACCGUUAUUCUUCAAAGGAGACGGUGCGGAAAUUUGGACAACCCCAUGGACGCUACUUUGUGCAUUGACGCCGGACACCUGCAGUGGGACUGACCUUCCUGAGCAUUUUCUGGGUCGUGGAAAUGCCGCCUCUGAUGACGGAACCGGGGCAGAGUCGCGGUAUCUCGCACGCCUGCAGACAGAAGCCCGAGGGCCCUACAGUAUUGGGCAGUUUGUGCUCCGGCUUCAAAAAGAAAUGGUCCCGAAUGGCAGAGGCACACUCGCGACCGCAGUGGAAGCGCUCGUCCAUAACGAGUUUUUGCAGAAGCUGCCAAGUAGCAGCGACGUAGUCCCCGAGAAGUCCGUAAGUCGCGCAGUUGGCCUCGCUCUGCGCACCCAUGCGAAGUAUCAAGAAGAAAAGCGCCUUUCCAGAAGAAAGGGGGAAUGUUUCUAAAGCAAAGUUUCUCUGCAGAAAACUCUUGGUCAGCAGCACCAAUUUUAAAUCGAUGAUAGCGAGAAACUGUGGUGCGCACAAGCACAGUGUACGUCAUGCCAUUGAUUAGAGCUGGAAAACUCGAAUAGAUUCUGAAACAAAACGCGUCGGAUUUCACAAAAAGUUUCUUUUUUGUAGUUGCAGAGUUUUCCAUGUAGAAAUUUAUAUUUUGCACGACGAAGGGGAUUGUGUGUUUGGGUCGUAGUCGGAACUUUGCACGACAAUUAUUUUGUUGUUCUGAAGGUCGGGCACUUUUCGCUUUGAUACGAAGUUUCGCUUUUACUUUCCGCCGCAGGGCCAGUCUGGUCCUUUGCCCGUUGUUGCGCUGAUUCAAGACCAUGAAGCACUGUACAAAGGCCUGAUUCAAGCGCUUAUCAAAAGGUACUUUGGAAAGCGAUUCGACGACUCGGAGCCGAAGCUUAAGCAAGGAGAGGAUCAGUUCAUCUACCCAUGUGGCGUCGUAAACCUGAUAGCGUUUCGAACAGACGCCAUUAUCGAUGCGACUGCCGCGAACGAAUGGGCCUUUAUCGUCGAAACGCUGCAGACGCGCAUCCUAGACCGUGUUUGCGAAGCUUUUGGAGGCCCGGACGAAGGCAGCCCAGAAAGGCGACACUGCGCGGCCGUUGAGCAGCGGUUUUUCAAGUUGCUGUGGCGCAAAAUGGGCGGCAGGAACGCCGUCGAGGUGGGUGCAGGUAUAAGCCAGCAGCUUUCCGAGCGAUCUUUAUUGGAGCUCCAUUACAAAACUACGCUGCGUUUUCCGUACGCAAAAGUGCAAGAGUUUAUUCGGCUGGUGGCCGGGGGGUCAAUGGAGUCGGUGUACGACUUCACGAGAAAAUGGCUGACUGACCAAGAUCUUGCUAGCGCCAAUCGACGGUGGAGUCUAGCGACCCCUGCCAUGAAACUCCAUUUCCUGUAUCUCAGAGAAAAAAGUAAGGCACCCUAUCGCAUCUCUUGUAAUGCAAGAACAGACUACAACUACUCUACUACAAGGAGAGGGAGACGCACCUCCAAGUUGCAUAUCUCAACAAAGCGGCAUGGUUUGGGCUCCAUGAUACGUACUGACUUUCGACAGAACAAAUAUUUAUGUUUUAGUGCAUAUACAACAAUGAUGCGCGCGUUUUUUUCUGUGUCACAUAAUGGAUGAUGAGGACCCAGCAGAAGGGGAUGUCCCUAAGUGGAGAAACAUGGGAGAUCCUGAAUUCACAAUCGAAGACUUUGUCGAGGACGGAAAUAUUUCCAUGGAGAAAGCCCGAGAAAUGUUAAGACAGGACCGCCUUGACCGGCGCUUCAACGCCGAACUAGGCCUGGUCCAAGCCACGCUACUGCCGGACGGACCAAAAGCAGUGCUAAUCGGGACGGGGAUGGGAGAGGGCUCUCGUGACGCAACGACGGUGUAUUUGCCAAUCAAAGAAGGAGCGACUCGGGCACAUGUUCUGGGAGGGAGUGAUCACGCAGAGGCGUGGACGACGGUGGACCAGCUCCACCAUGCUACGAUGGAGGAGAUGCUUGCUCCGAGUCGGUUACUUGGAGAAGGGAAGAGCCAGAGCGACAGGAGUGAGUCUCUGGGUCAAUUCCGCGUUGGCUCUAACACGGACUUCGAUGACUUCGUAUCGACUGCAAUGAUAUCUCUGAGUCUGGAAAAGUGCGAGAGUACUAGACUUGCGUUGCUAAUAGGGUCAUCAUGAAAUAAGGACUUUUAGUUCGCCUGAGCAGCUUUGAGCAAUAUCCAAGUUGCAAUUCUAACACGAGAGCAAAUCGUGUUUUUGCAUGAGAAACAAAUUAGCCAACCUGUGUGAGGUUAAUUUGAAUUUCGCCUCUCAACAAACCGGUAAUGAGUCGGCAGGGUAGCUGAGUCUGGCGACAUUUUCCAAGCGCCGAGGUGGUGUGCGUGCAUUGGCAAAUGCUCAGCUCCCUUCCGAGGUGCUUAGCAUGACAACACUACACACAAUUUUGCAAUUUUCCAGACACAGAUAGAUUGGUUUGCAGUUGAUAGCGCACUCCCUUUGCUGCUUUUCGGACGCCGGCCGCCGUGGAUAAUUGA